AUGAACGACGCGCACGUUGAUGAGUCAUCCCAGGUGUCAGCGCACCUCAUGGGCGCCAGCCCUUUGCGCGCGCACGUGCGUGCGUAUGUGCACGCGUGCAAGUGUAUGUGUGUGUGUGUGCGCGUGUGGUUGAAGUUCAUUACCCUCAUUGCCGUCACCAUUGCCUGUCCUGGUCCCAAGACAUCACCUCGCCGUGGUCCGCCACUUUGGUGUGUAGAACUGGUAAGGGACAAACGUCAGGACAUUUACCUAGCCGCUGCAUCCCACGCAACAAUCUGGGAAUUCGCCGAACCGGCAACCCCUGCCUUCCAACUCAUCUCCUCGAACAACGUGGACGUGUGUGUGUGCAAUAUUUACUUUAACUAG